UGAGUAUAAAAAGCUCCCCAUUUGAGGAGACCCAACCAGUGUACUCUCUGCUUGUGAUAGUUCUGGUUUGAGGUGACGCAGUCAUGGUGCAGGUUCCAAAUAUAAAACUCAAUAAUGGGCUUGAAAUGCCGGCGUUGGGUUUGGGAACGUUCCAGUCCAAGCCAAAUGAAGUUGCUGCAGCAGUAGAACAUGCAAUUGAUGUUGGAUAUCGACAUAUCGACACGGCAUUUGUUUAUGGAAAUGAAAAAGAAGUGGGGCAAGCAAUAAAGAAGAAAAUCGCAGGAGGCGUUGUAAAACGUGAAGAUAUUUUCCUGGUAACGAAGUUAUGGUGCAUUCAUCACGAACCAUCUAAAGUGGAAUAUGCUUGCAGAAAAUCCUUGGAAAACCUAGGAUUGGAUUAUAUUGAUUUGUAUUUAAUGCACAAUCCGGUUGGAUUCAAGUAUGUCGAUGAUUCUACACCACAACCAAAGGAGGAGGGGUCAACGAAUGUUAUUACAAAUGAUGUUGAUUAUGUAGAUACUUGGAAAGCCAUGGAACAGCUUGUAAAAAAAGGACUUGUUCGCUGCAUUGGAUUAUCAAAUUUCAACUCCGAACAAACAAAACGAGUUGUCGAAAACUGUGAGGUUAAACCAGUUACAAACCAGGUCGAGUGCCACCUUGAACUCAAUCAAAAGAAGUUGCGUGAGUUUAGUGCUAAAUAUGGAAUUGUGAUAACAGCAUAUUGUCCCCUCGCUCAACAUAAUGCAGCUGAAAAGAAACCAGCAUUUAUGUAUGAUGAUCGCACCGCGGCGAUCGGCAAGAAAUACAAUAAAACACCAGCACAGGUUGCAAUAAGAUAUCUGUUCCAGAUUGGCACCAUCCCUAUUCCAAAAUCAGUAACCAACUCAAGAAUCGAUGAAAAUAUCAACAUAUUUGAUUUUGAGCUAUCACCGGAAGAUAUGAAAGUGCUGGACGGAUUCGAUUGCGGGAACCGAAUUGCCAAAUGGUCCUUCAUUAAUCCAAGUCACAAGUAUUUUCCGUUUAAUGCAGAAUUUUGAAAAUUUGAAAAUGUUCAGAUAUAUUCAAUAAAAAUAAGUGAAAGUUUGUUUUGCACAACUCCAAAGAUACA